AUGAGACAGUCACUCAUGUCCGUCAUCUUCGCCGCAGCACUGUUAUUCGAGUGCUAUGCGUUGUCAGUGGCGUUGCCCAUGGGCAAGACUGACGAUGGCCCCUUGGAAAUGGAUACUUUCGCAUCACUGCUGAGCAACGAGGCAUCAGAAAACGACCUCGGCGACGCAGACCUGGUCCCAGCGGGCAAAACCAGAGUGCCGAGGGUAAUCGUCAUCGCCGAUCCAAGCCUGUGGAGGGACCUGCGGGUGCUGCACGGCGGACUGUCCAUCUACAAGCGGAGAGCUGACGACAACGGCCAGGUCAUCGGGCAGAAAGACGCCAGCCAGGAACUGAGCAUCCCCAUCCUGAGGAGGGACACAAUGAGGUGCAUGGUGGGACGGGUGUAUCGGCCGUGCUGGGAAGUCUAG